AUGGCUUUUCAAACCUUCGAGAGCUACUUCGCCGCUCAGCUCCUGUGCUUAUUUAUUUUGGCGUUGAAUGUCGCCGAUCAGAGUUCGUUGCCGUUGAAAUACGAAGCUCCCGAUGACUGCCAGUGGUGGCUAAAGGGCCCUAAUGAUGCCCACGAAGUAUCUCUAACGUGUAAAUUACGGACAAUCAACAGUGAAUUCGAUACGACAAACUUCAGUGUCAUUCCUUCGGAACACACGACCUCGUUAAGGAUAGAGUGUAACGAAGAAAUUAUGUACAAAAGCUCCCUGGACGAUCGUAGUUUCGCCCAUUUAGUGAAGUUACGUGAACUUGUUUUGGACAACUGUAAAAUUGGAAGAUGGCCACCGGGUGUACUUUCCGGCUUAAGAGACCUACGAAAUCUUACGGUUCGAACGAAAAACACGGAGUGGAGUGCAAUGAGCUUAGAAAUAGCGUCGGAAAGCUUUACGGCCGUACGUCAAUUAGAAAAACUGGAUCUCAGUUUUAACAACAUCUGGUCGUUUCCUGAAAACUUGUUUUGCCCGUUAACUAAUUUGGUUUAUUUAAACGUUUCCUCAAAUAGACUUCAGGAUGUCAGUGAUUUGGGAUUCAGAGAAAGGGCGAUGCAUCAAGCUUUAAUUAGUGAUCACGAGGGACCACCGCCAUCGGCAUCGAUUCCACACGCGUCGUGCUCAUUGGACAUCGAAGUGCUGGACGCGUCUUACAAUCACUUUGUGUUGAUGCCUGAAAAUGGUUUUCACGCGCUUCGAAGAUUAAAAGAAUUGCACAUACACGACAAUGAGAUAUCCAUGGUCGCUGACAAGGCCCUGUCGGGCCUAAAACAACUACAAAUAAUCGAUAUCUCCAACAAUAAAAUUGUUGCCCUCCCACAAGACCUAUUCAAAGAUUGUAGGCCGGUGAUAAAAGAAAUAUACUUACAGAAUAAUUCGAUCAGUGUGCUCUCUCCUACCUUGUUCGCUAACUUGGAUCAAUUAUUGGCUUUAGAUUUAUCGAAUAAUCAUUUGACGAGUACGUGGAUAAAUGAGAAUACGUUCGCAGGUCUUAUUAGAAUGGUGCUUCUCAAUCUAUCAAAUAACCGACUAUCAAAACUGGACCCGAAAAUCUUUAAAGAUUUAUACACUCUGCAGAUUUUGAAUGUCCAACGUAAUAUGUUAGAAACUAUAGCGGCCGACACAUUCGCUCCCAUGAAUAACUUGCACACUUUGAUUUUGUCAUACAACAAGAUAUCCCACAUCGAUGCCUACGCACUAAAUGGACUCUACGUGUUAUCUUUAUUGUCAAUUGAUAAUAACCGUCUCGAAGAGUUACAUCCUGAAGCAUUCCGUAAUACUUCCUCAUUACAAGAUCUCAACUUGAAUAGUAAUCGAUUGAAGAAAGUGCCUACGGCGCUGAGAAAUAUGCGCCUACUGAGAACUCUUGACCUCGGCGAAAAUCAAAUUACAUCACUGGAAGAGCCCGGGUUCGUCGGUCUGCAUAAUGUGUACGGCCUGCGUCUGAUCGGAAAUAAGAUAGAGAACAUCAGCAAAGACGUCUUUAGCGAUUUGCCAUCCUUGCAAAUAUUGAAUUUGGCCCGAAACAAAUUACGCUUUAUCGAUAUGGGCGCAUUCGAAAACUUGAAAACAUUACAAGCUAUAAGAUUAGACGCAAACCAGCUGACAGACAUCCAAGGGCUCUUUGUAAAUAUACCAACUCUGUUGUGGUUGAACGUCUCAGAUAACAAAAUAGACUGGUUUGAUUACUCCGUGCUACCGCCGGCUCUUCAGUGGUUGGAUCUACACAGUAAUAACAUCAAAGAGCUCGGCAAUAAUUACCGCUUAGAUAAGGAAUUAAGGGUGCAGACCUUGGAUGCGAGUUUCAACAGAUUGACGAAAAUAUUUACUUAUUCGAUUCCCAGCAGCAUCGAGCUACUUUUCUUGAAUGAUAAUCAAAUUACGCAAGUUGAAGCUCAAACUUUCGUCGGAAAAACCAAUUUAACGAGAGUCGAUUUGUAUGCAAAUCAGAUCACUAGUAUGGAUCUCAAUGCGCUGCGUCUAACGCCGGUCGAUCCGGGGAGGCCUCUGCCCGAAUUUUAUAUCGGUGGAAAUCCUUUUCAAUGCGACUGUACUAUGGAGUGGCUACAACGCAUAAAUAAGUUGGAUCAUCUGAGACAACACCCGCGAGUGAUGGACUUGGAAAGCAUUUACUGCAAAUUGUUAUAUAAUCGUGAAAGGACUUAUAUUCCGCUCGUCGAGGCGGAGUCGUCGCAGUUUUUGUGUACAUAUAAAACUCAUUGCUUUACGCUGUGCCAUUGUUGUGAUUUUGACGCUUGUGAUUGUGAAAUGACGUGUCCAUCGAACUGUACGUGUUAUCACGACCAGCCGUGGUCGGCGAAUAUUGUGGACUGUUCGGCCGCCGGGUACGCCGAAAUACCGAGUAGUAUACCUAUGGAUGCUACAGAACUAUAUCUAGACGGUAACAACUUUGGUAGUUUAACUAGCCACGCGUUUAUCGGCCGUAAAAACUUAAAGAUAUUGUAUGCAAAUAACUCAAAUAUCGACGCACUGUAUAAUAAUACCUUUAGUGGACUAAAACGUUUAACCGUGUUGCAUUUAGAAAAGAACAAUAUAAAGGAGCUGUUAGGCUUUGAGUUAUCGCCUCUGGAAAACUUGCGGGAAUUGCAUCUGCAAGACAAUAAAAUACAUUAUAUCGAUAAUCGAACGUUCGUCGAACUUAUGCAUUUAGAGGUUUUACGGCUGGAGGGAAACAACAUUUAUAGCUUCGCCGUGUGGCAAUUCACGCUGAAUCCAUAUUUGGUCGAGAUAAGUCUUUCGCGCAACCCGUGGUCCUGCGAUUGUCUAUACAUGCACAAAUUCCGAAAUUGGUUUCGAAACAACCUCGGCAAAGUGGAGGACGCCAAUAGAAUAACGUGUAUCUUCGACAACAUCACCAAUGCGGUGGGACCUCACAUGUCCGACUUCAACUCGACGAUUUGUACCAGUCACGUCGGCGGUGUGUCUUCGAUAAUCGAGAACCAAGUCAUAAAUGAUUACCUCCCAUUACUGCUGAUAUCACUAUGCGUGUUUGUGAUAAGUUCCGUGCUCAUAUGCGGCGUGUUUUACUGGCGGAGAGAGCUCAGAGUUUGGAUUUACUAUCAUUGUGGGUUCAGAAUGUGUUAUAAGAGCACGGCGUUCGACGACGAGGCAGAUAAGGAUAGAUUGUUCGAUGCCUACAUCAGUUACAGCGUGAAAGACGAGGCGUUCGUGGCUCAAAUGCUCGCUCCCGGAUUAGAAUCCGCGGAUCCUAGCUUUCGCUUGUGCCUGCACUACCGCGACUUCAACGCCUCCGCCUACGUAGCGGACACAAUAAUAGAAGCGGUGGAAUCGUCGAAACGCACGAUUAUAGUGCUAUCUAAAAACUUUAUUAACAACGAGUGGUGUAGAUUCGAGUUUAAAACAGCCCUCCACGAAGUGCUAAAGGAGAGGCGGAGAAGACUGAUCAUAAUAUUGUUAGGUGAUUUACCGAAUAGGGACAUCGAUCCCGAGUUGAGGUUGUGUUUGAAAGCCAAUACGUGCAUAGAGUGGGGUGACAGACAGUUCUGGCAGAAGUUGAGGUUCGCGAUGCCGGACUUGCGGAAGUGUCAAUAUCACCGGUCGACGGUGAAUAUUUACGCGUCGGUGUCGCCUGUGGGGGCAGGUAGGGCGCCGGCGCCUCCGCCCCCGCCUCCGCCGGGCAAGUUACCCCCUUUAUUGGGGGACGGCCUGGCCGAUCGGCUGGCCGUCUCGACGAGCGUCCACGCGCGAGAUUCGCACCCCCACCGAAUACCGCCGCACGCGCAGCUGUGGGCGUAG